AAAAAAUAGAAACAAUCCUGAGAAGGAACAACAUUCGGUGAGGGAGAGGAGAGAGAAAGAGGUGAACGGAAUGAGUGUGAAGAGCAGUGCGGUUACAAUGCGGGGAUAGUAGACGAGAAUAGAAGAGCAAGGGAUCCGACGUUUGCAGGGCGGUGUGGGCACAGCGAGAGAGACAGACGGACAGAGGAGAUAAGCGGCAGCGAAGCCUACACACAGCCCGAAACGACGUGCGAUGGAGGACCUCGGCGAGAUGGACUGUCCCGUGGUGAAGCGGUUCUUAAAGGACGACAACGCCAAGUGCCUGCUGCUGGACUGCCGCUCCUUCCUCGCCUUCAACGCGGGGCACAUCCGCGGGGCCGUCAACGCCCGCUGCUACACCAUCGUCCGCCGCAGGACAAAGGGCUCCGUGCUCAGCCUGGACCAGAUACUGGCCGGGGACGAGGAGGUCCGGAGCCGCCUCCGCUUCGGGAUGUACUCCGCCGUGGUGCUGUACGACGAGAGGACGCCGGACUCCGAGGCGGUGAAGGAGGACAGCACGCUGACUCUAGUGCUCAACGCUGUGUGCAGUUACUCCCCCGGCACGCAAUUGUACCUGCUCAAAGGUGGCUACGACAGGUUUUUCUCAGAAUACCCAGAGUUUUGUAUAAAAAACAAAUCCUUGCCGACUCUGACCAGCCAGUCCAGCAUUGACUCUGCCUGCUCGUCUUGUGGGACGCCACACCACGAACAGGGCGGCCCAGUUGAGAUCCUCCCGUUCCUCUACCUUGGCAGCGCCCUCCACGCCUCAAAGAAAGAGGUUUUGGACGGCAUGGGAAUCUCCGCCUUGCUGAACGUGUCUGCCGACUGUCCCAAUCACUUCGAGGGGGCGUACCAGUACAAAUGUAUACCCGUGGAGGACAACCAUAAAGAAGACAUCAGCUGCUGGUUCCUGGAGGCUAUUGAGUUCAUAGAUUCAGUACGGGACUCCGGUGGGCGAGUGCUGGUCCAUUGUAAAGCCGGUAUCUCUCGCUCCGCCACCAUCUGCCUGGCCUACCUGAUGAAGAGGAAGCGAGUGCGUCUGGACGAAGCCUUCGAGUUCGUUCGCCGGCGUCGCAGCAUCAUCUCCCCCAAUUUCAGCUUCAUGGGCCAGCUGCUGCAGUUUGAGUCACAGCUCCUCGCCACCUCGUGGGCUGCCGAAGCGGCCUCCAUAGCGAGCCCGCUGCUCGGGCCCAAGUCCUCCACGACGACAACCACGUCGACGACAGCCACGCCCACCUCUCCGUUCAUUUUCAACUUCCCAGUUUCUGUGGUGAACCCCGCCUACCUGCACCACAGCCCGCUCGCGGCCUCCCCCGGCUGCUGAUGGAUCGCCAAACCCAGCCUUGCCCAAGGUAACCAACUCAGAAAAGACUGGGCUGCCAUUGGCUGGAAGAGCUGUCAGUGGCAGUAUGUACACAUGCUUCCAGAAGGCGGGGAGGUGCGAAAUGUCACGGUGCCUGAGUGAAAACUCAUAGACUGAAAAAGCCAACGCUCCUUCAACAUUUUUAACACAAGAUGUUUUUUUCCGAUGGACCAAAAAUGAACUGGCUUUCAAAACUUGGAUGGAGUGUUGGACUGAUGUUUUGGGAAGAUAAACCGUCCUACUUGAGAAACAAAAACAACAACAGGCACAAGGGCACACUGACACACAAACAUUGGCACCGAGAGGCAUGAGCAGCAGCAAACUCACUCACUCUCUCUCUCUCUCUCUGCCACACACACACACACACACACACACACACACACACACACACUCAUGACUACUAACUGAAUAAGCUCAGUAUGAAGUCAGGGUCUGUUGCUAUGGAGACAACAGGUCUUUAGGACAGGAGAUGGACACAGGAAGGAAGGAGGGAUUUUAAGCACCCGCUCUUUCCCCUUUGCGUGUCCCUCCUGUUGCCAGACAAAAGAGAUGGAUGGAAAAAAAGAGGGGAGGAGACAGUGAUAGAAAGCAGGAGCCUCUUCUGUGACAGGUGCUCUGACCGGAGCUUCCUGUCUUUCAUACGUCCUCUUCCUCUCUGUGUCUCUCCCCCACACCUUCCUCUCAUCUCCUUUUCAUCCUUUUAUAUUCCUGCCCUCCUCCUCUUCCUCCUCUCAUCUCUGCCUCUCAUCUUCAUCCCGUCCGCCCCCUCUCUUCUGCUCCUUAUCUCCUCACUGAAGAGGCUAAAUGAAUAAAAUAAGAUGCCAAAUAAAGGCCAGGCCCCUUCAAAAUGGACUGGGAAACCCCACAGCAGGCCCCUAAUACACACUGUAGGAAAACCAUUCUGCUACAUCAGACAAACGGUUGUCUUGGACAAACGGGCUGCGAGAAA